GCCCUCUGUCGGAUGCUGGCUUCCUGGCACCAGGGCAGGUUUGCCAGCCUGAUAGAGGAGCCGUCCAGCCCUUCGGGUCCUUACUCAUUCUCUCUGAAGCUGACCUGAGGCAGAAGAUGGGGGCCGAAUCGGUCUUUGCUCUGGUGAACGAAUACGGAUUCCAUCAACGAGUCGCGCCAAAAGCCUCCUGCAAACCUCCUUGUUCCUUCCCUCUCCCUGUGGCGGUUAGGAUCUGAUUGCGGCCGAAAUGCUCCCUCGAUCACGCGUGCAGCCUGCAUUCCCUCCUCGCUCCCAGGCGGAGGAAGGAUUCAAAAAAUUCCACAUCGCGUUGGAACUGUGGCUCCAUUUCUGACCCGGCGCCAGGGCUGCUGAUGUACGUGUCCGGCUUUGGAUCCAGAGCAGCUUUCCUCUUCUGCUUCACCAUGCGUGUCUCCUCGAGGCUAAUUGACUCCGUGCGCUACUCCUACAUGGCAGGAUUGCUCGAGGUCAGCUGGACAUCGCGUACGGUGCGCUACCUUUCCACCGUCAAGUCUUCCCCUCACACGAUCCUAUGAAGAGAAUGUUAUCGACUAGCAUUGUUUUAGGCUGCACUUAGACUGUGCGGGCAGCCUGAGUGGGAAGCAGGACGUGUCAGGGCAGAGAGCAACGAAGAUAAGCCAAAUGUCCCUCGUGUGAGACUGGAAAUUCUGCUCCACCAAGUUCGUCGACGAGUUUCUGCAAACGUGCCAUUGAUUUACAGAGACGCUUUGAGAAAGAAACUGCCUGAUCCGGCUACAUCUGGAUCAGAAUGGCCCCGGGCAGACAAGCCAGAGGUGGGCAAUCUUCUGACAUCGCAGCGGCUGCGAGUGCAUGAAUGAACGCACCAUAGUGCCGGGUUUCACGAGCGAUAUUCCGAGUCUUUCCACGCUCCCGGGGACGUCGGCGGUCAAACCGAUCUUAGCAGACUUUCUCAAGGGCUGUUUAUUGACCUCUCAGAGCAGUGCCGAAAGACGUUGUACCCGAUUUUGCGACGAGCUGCUUCUUGGUGAUGGCUCUUAUCCCCACAAUACCAACACGAGGGAUCUGCGCUGCAACCUAAGAAAUGCGGGGGUUCUUCCCAUUCGAUGUCUGCGAAGAACAUGCCAUGCAACAGCUUGGUAGCAUUGGCUUCAAGUCUUGAGCGACAAUCCUCCUUGGCUUGAAUCAGUGGCGUCGAAAGCCAAGAUGGAAGCGUCACCCAGCAGCUAUGGUUGGCAUAGACGUUAUCGGAUCGACCAGACCGUCUCAAUCACGGUCAGAGAAGAGCAGGAUGCGACGGCCCUUGGAGAGACCUACACAACGUGCUUCACACCCCUGCACUGCAGGUGCCGGUCGAGGCUGGGCGUCAAUCGAUGAUCGUGCUGUAAGCGACCUUAUGGCUGAUCAACAUGGCAAUGGACGCGUGCUUGGGACUUGCAAAGUCCCUUUCUAUCUUGCAUGGAUAAGGGGAAGAGCAUGACACUAUCAUCAGGGGCAGGGUCUUGAAAGGUAUUUGAGGUCGACUUCUCCAAGUAGGACGCUGCAUUCCUUCCUUCUCUUCUCAGAUCUUCUUUGUUAUUGACUUCCGGCCUUCAAUAUGUAUAAUCAUAUGGCAGCAGGGUGGUUUUACUCACCCAAACAGAUUGCCCGCUACUUCCUUACUCGACCGACCAGUCUUAAGCCCCCGCGGACCCGACUGCGCAAUCCAUACCAUAUCCUCAGAGAACUCGACAGGCAUCAAUGGCUUAUGUUUUUGGCAGGCUUCCUUGGAUGGACCUGGGAUGCAUUCGACUUCUUCACUGUUUCUCUUACCAUCACUGAAAUCGCAAAGGACUUUGGCGUCGAGAACUCGGCGGUCUCAUGGGGCCUGACUGUGACGUUGAUGCUGCGCAGCGUGGGCGCCUUGACGUUUGGAGCGAUAUCCGAUCGAUAUGGCCGCAAAUGGCCCAUGAUCAUCAACCUGUCCCUCUUUAUUGUGCUGGAACUUGCCUCAGGAUUUUGCAACACCCUCCCUCAGUUCCUCGGGGUCCGGUCCUUGUAUGGCAUUGCCAUGGGAGGUCUUUUUGGCCCUGCCGCAGCAACAGCUCUUGAGGACUUGCCUUACGAUGCUCGCGGGCUCUUGUCGGGUUUGUUUGAACAGGGUUAUGCGACAGGCUAUCUGCUUGCGUCCAUCUUUUAUCGUGCCCUUGUGCCCACCACCUCCCAUGGCUGGCGAUCGCUCUUCUGGUUUGGGGCUGGCCCUCCAGUCCUUAUCAUCGCUUUCCGUUGGUCGCUUCCAGAGACAAAUAUGUUUCAAGUCAUGGCGGCCGAACGAGAAGCACAGCUCAUUGCGGACAAGCAAACAGGCGAUCAUUCGCACGUCAAGUCUGCAGCUUUCAAAGCAUGGGUCAGAGACUCCUGGGUGGCUAUCAAGCAGAACUGGGUCCUCUUUGUGUAUUUAGUUGUUUUGAUGACCGGUUUCAAUUCAUGCAGCCAUGGAAGUCAGGAUUUCUACCCGACCUUCCUCAAGAAUCAAGUCCUUCUAGGCCCGACCGACGUGACCAUAAUCAGCUGUAUCGGUCAACUCGGGGCUCUUAUCGGCGGCACUACGCUAGGCUAUGUGAGCACAUUCUUCGGCAGGAGACUGACCAUGCUCGUGGCUUGUGUUUGCGGGGGAGCGCUCGUGCCGGCGUACAUCAUACCACACGAUAUGAGUCUGGUAGCUUCGGCAUUCGCGCUACAGUUCUUCGUGGGAGGAGCCUGGGGCGUUAUACCAAUCCACUUGAUGGAGGUUGUCCCGGAGGCUCUUCGAACCACGGCAGUUGGACUCACUUAUCAACUGGGUAACUUGGCAUCGUCGGCGUCCGCGACCAUUCAAGCAGUUAUCGGGGAGCGGUAUCCACUUCCACCACAUAAUGGAGAGAAGCGCUUCGACUAUGGAAAGGUGAUUGGGAUCUUCAUGGGCGCAGUGUGGGCAUAUCAGAUUCUGUUCUUGUUCUUGGGACCCGAAAUGAGCGAGGCGGAAAGAGCAGAGUAUGCGUAUCAGGCGAAUGAGCUUGAGAGACUUCGACAGGAAGGACGCAGUCUAAAGGAUAUUGGAGUUGAAAGGGUCAAGUCCAGGCAGGCAGAGAAAGGGACGAAUGCUGAAGCUACUGACAAGGCGACCGAGGGAGAACAUCUGGAGGUAGCAUGAAUUGACCGCCGUCAGGUUGUAGGGCAUCUUCAGGCAAUCCUUUGGCCGAGAUAGAAGCCGUACCAGACCAUAGCAACCCAUGACAUCAG